UGUCCCCCGCCAUCACUUCUCAUUCUUCGUACAUUACUCUCAGCUGACACUCGUGAUGGCGACUGACGUGGCUUUUGAUACGAGCAUGGGCUCAUUUACAGUUGAGCUCUAUAAUGCGCAUGCGCCCAAGACUUGCAAGAACUUCGCGACACUUGCGCAAAGAGGCUACUACAACGACAUCAUCUUCCACCGCAUCAUCCCCAACUUCAUGGUUCAGACUGGCGACCCUACCGGCACCGGCAGAGGAGGAAGCUCGAUCUACGGGGAGAAGUUCGAGGACGAGAUCAAUCCCAACCUAAAGCAUACCGGGGCUGGAAUUCUGAGCAUGGCGAACAGCGGACCCAAUACCAAUGGCAGCCAGUUCUUCAUUACACUCGCGCCGACGCCGUGGCUGGACGGAAAGCACACCAUCUUUGGUCGCGUCAAGAGCGGCAUGAGAGUGAUCCAACGCAUGGGUCUUGUCAAGACGAAUGGAGAGGAUAGACCGAUGGAUGAGGUCAAGAUCAUCCGCGCCAGGGUCGUGGAAGAAGGCGCGGAUGAGUGAGAUCGUCUUGGAGUUAUUGCCCACUACGAGGCAGAUCGAACCACAGAGCUACAUCGACUGAUUCCCAGCUACAACCGCUCCUGCCAGUACGACACAGAACAUUUGUCAGGCCAUAGGGAGGUCAGCAUGACUGGGAUGGAAGGAGCAUGAUGGCGCCGGCAAACACGCCAUUGGCGAAGACGGACAGUACCGGCAACCAUACCUUGCCAUUACGACGAUGCCAAGCUCAAUUCUUAGGCCGUAGAAGCUACAGCUUGCUAUCUGCGCAGGAGGGGGGGGAUUACGCUCGUGUAGUUCGCAGACAGACGGAGUAUAGAAGAUUGGAAUGUAUCACUACAAAACGAACCGCUUCCAUCAGAUGUUACCAUCCAGAGCAGCAGAUACAGAGUGAAGAUUCUUUCUACCACUCCUAUAAGACAAGACCAGUGAAGGCUCAUCCGUGAACGACUUCCUGCUACGCUUGAGACAGCAGUAAGCCUGUGCAAAGCAC